GACAGCACUGGAAGAGUUAAGCCUGUUGACAUUUACAUCUUCAAGCUUGAGCAUCUGAGUUGAUACUACAUUUAGAUUAAUGGGGCCAUUUAUAACUCUCAUAGCUAGUGUCUGAAUAUUUCUGGAGGUGUACGCAGACAUCAUUGCAUCAUUUCUCUAUAACCAUAUGGACUAAUGACAUUUACCAGCUUUCAUUUUAUAAAAACCAUUAAGAGGGCUUCCUGAAAAAAAAGACAGGAUACAGUUGCCAGCCUUGCAAGACUUGGCCCAAUUCACCAAGGCCUGAUACUGGAGGAACAGUUUAGAGUUUGAAGCUGGGAAGCCUGGGUGAAAAUAGCCAACAGUUUUUCACAAUCUUUCAAAAAAAGUUAGUUGACUUUGCUCCCAGGACUAAGUCAACUUUCAUUCUAAAAGAAAAUGCUCUUUAAUUUGCGGAACCUGCUCACUGCUGCAACUUUAAGAAAGAGCAGCAAGCAACUGGUGCAACAUUUUCGGUCCGGGCAACCAACUCAAACUAGUGUUAAUCUGAAAGGUCGUGACCUUCUAACUCUACAAAAUUAUACAGCAGAAGAAAUAAAGUAUUUGCUAUGGACAGCAUCAGAUUUGAAACAAAGAAUAAAGUACAAGGGAGAGUAUUUGCCUUUGUUGCAAGGAAAAUCUUUAGCCAUGAUUUUUGAGAAAAGAAGCACCCGAACAAGAUUAUCUACAGAAACAGGCUUUGCUCUCCUUGGGGGACAUCCUUGUUUCCUCACAACCCAAGACAUACAUUUGGGUAUUAACGAGAGCCUCACAGAUACAGCACGGGUGCUGUCUAGCAUGACAAAUGCAGUCUUGGCCCGAGUUUAUAAACAAUCGGAUUUGGAUCUGUUGGCAAAAGAAGCCUCCAUCCCAAUAGUCAAUGGGUUGUCUGAUUCAUACCAUCCUAUCCAGAUUUUAGCUGAUUACCUUACACUUCAGGAACACUAUGGCUGUCUGAAGGGGCUCACAAUAAGUUGGAUUGGUGAUGGCAACAAUGUCCUGAACUCCAUCAUGAUGAGUGCUGCUAAAUUUGGGAUGCAUUUGCAUGUUGCUACUCCAAAGGGCUUUGGACCGGACCCCAACAUCAUUAAAGUAGCUGAAGAAUACUCCAAAGAGUAUGGCACCAAACUGUUUUUCACGACUGAUCCCUUGGAAGCUGCAAGUGGAGCCAACGUCCUAGUCACAGACACGUGGAUAAGCAUGGGACAAGAAGAGGAGAAGGCAGAGCGAAUGAAGGCCUUCCAGGGUUAUCAGAUCACAAUGCAGACUGGAAAAGCUGCAGCUUCUGAUUGGACUUUUUUACACUGUUUACCAAGAAAGCCUCAAGAAGUUGAUGAUGAAGUAUUUUAUUCUCCACGGUCACUGGUUUUCCAGGAGGCUGAAAACAGAAAAUGGACAAUUAUGGCUGUCAUGGUUUCCCUGCUGACAGAUUACUCACCACAGCUGCAAAAACCUACAUUUUGAUGCUUGGAUUCCUGCCAAGAGAAAAUAUUCCUCACCAGCAAAGUAUUCUGGUCUGCAAAUAUAUAGCUAUCUUUCACACAGGAUCAAAGCAAUGAAUGAUUCCUUAAUAAAACUGCAUAGGCUGACUCUGCUGAACUGUAUAAUAUUGCUUUGCACUCAUGAAAACCUUGGAGAUGAACGAUGCGAAUUAAACUGUGCAGCAUUGCGAUAGCAGUGCUUUUUCUAGAUGCUUUAAGUUGUGUCACUUUUGUAUCGAUUCAUGUCUCUUAAGUUUUCCAAAGCUGUAGUUUAAUGAAAAGAUCCAUUAUUAUCAUAAGCAGUGGUUUAUGUAUGUAGUGGUAGAACUGGUGUUGCAAGCCUCCAGAUCUAUUAUAUAACCUCUGUGCAUCUGACCCUAAAUCUGUUGGAUUUUCUUGUUGAUCUUGGGGCACGUGUGCAGAGAACUAGCACCUUCUUGCUAUAUUCUGGGACCUCAGCAAUUUU